UGUGGUACACAGUUUGAAAAUGCAGGCCGUGUCAUGCUUUGAAAAAAAUCAUUUUAUGCUCGAAUUUGUUGGAAAAUGUCGGACCCUAAACGUGCUACUAUUAUAACAGUGGGUGCUCCAAAAAGUGUAAAGAAUAAUGUGAAUAAAUCAGUGAGAUUAACUAUAAAUUUGGAGGAAAGCAACGAAUUGAAAUGUCCAGAGCUGAAUUACAAGGAACUAGUCAUAGCAGCAGCAAGAAAAAAGAGAGUAGAAAAUGGAAAAACGGCAGGGCUGGACCCAUUCUCAGAUAACGACGAUGAUGUUGAGAGAGUUGCUAGGAAAUUUGAACAAAAAUAUGGAGGAAAAAGCACAUAUGGCAGAAAGGGCCGAUCAAAGUAUGAAGAUUUUGCAGACAUUGGAGCUGGUUAUGAUGAAAACGAUUCAUUUAUUGACAACACACAUGGGUACGAUGAGAUGAUCCCGCCAGAAUGUGAUACUCUCCACGGUGGUUUCUAUAUAAACAGUGGGUCUUUAGAGUUUAAAACAGUACCAGAGAACCAAGUGGCAAACUCGGAUGGGGAGCAACGGCGAAAUAAUAAGAGGCGCAUUUCAUCGAGCAGCAGUGAAGAGGAAUCAUCGGAUAGUUCAUCAGACUCGGACAGCCAAGAUGUGAAGGACACGAAACCUAUGACCAAUGGAAAUGUUGAUUCACACAAGACUGAACAUAGGAAAAAGAAAAAUAAAAAUAAUGAAAAGAAGAAAGCAAAGAAAGUGGGCAGAACUGACUCGUCUGCGGCUACAUCCGGAAAACAGACAUCUGACGAAAAUGGCGCCGGCGAAAAUGAAAGUGCUGACUCGCGAACAUCUCAGUCCGACUCGCUGACCUCGAAACCGGCGCCCAGCUCUGAGAAUGUGGUCACAUCGGAUAGUUCCAGAGACACAGAAUCAAAGGUGGAAGUGAAACUGCCGCAGCUCGUGAGUCAAGCGUUGGAGGAACUGGAGGCAUUGGGACAGCAACUGAAGGACAAUCCGGGGAAGGAAUUUGAUGCCAAGACUGAUCUCUGUGUUGUGAAAUUGGAGCGCAGCCUGAACAAGUGCGGUGCAGACAACCGCAUGCGGCGCGUGUGCUGGGGCCGAGCGGCCGCCGCGCUGAGGUGUUCUCGCGCGCGCCUGCUGCAGCGGGCCAAGCGGCUGGACGCGGCAUCAGCUCCAACUCAAACAUCACAGCCGCAAACGAAUCCCACACAAACGGGCACUGCCAAUAGUUCUAGUGUUAUAACCAGUACUCACUCGGGUUCGCUCAAGAGGAAAGCGGACGAUGACUUGGAGAACAUCGAUGAUGUUAACAGACUGAGUCCGGAGGAGAAGGAGGCGAAAAUCGUUGAGACUUUGCAGAGGUUACAAGUGUUAAUAGAUGAGAGAAAACCAGACAUGAUUGCAACAUAUAACGCUGAGUGUGAACGAGUUCAACAGGAGAGAAAGAAGAUCCAGAUGGCGUCCGCGGACGGCGCGCCGCACAUCGACAAGCGGCUGCCCAAGCGGCGCUUCCCGUGGUGCGCGCGCAGCCGCGCGCUGCUGGCCCGCCUCGCGCGCCUCGCCGCCGCGCCCGAGCGGGCUGCCGCGCUGCUCGCCACGCGCGCGCUGCCGCUCUUCCCGCCCGGCUUCGUGCGCAUGCCCACGCUGCUAAGACAGGCCAACCUCAACAAAGAAGUGAAAGCGUCGACACUAAAACGGCAACGCAUCGGUUCAACAUCACAAUCACAACCGCCGACAGUCGUCAACAAUAUACAACCGCAGUUCAACGAGCCCAUACAGUUCCCGAGCUCACUCACAGUCACAACAACAACAAAAACAAUCGAAAAAGAUGACGACAAACACAAAACUGUGCCCUACGGAUCAAUAUUGAACAGCUUCAGCCUCAACAAAGACUUGAUAAUCGAAAAUACAAACGACCGGACAGAUAAAAAAGACGUUCCUAACAAUCUUGGCAGUAUAACGAUAACACCAGUGCUGAAUAAAGAAAAAAAAGUUGAGAAAAAGGAGCCGCUCAUACGCGUCAAAUCGCCGGCCGCGCUAAACAACAUGGUGAAAAAGGACAGCGAUAAUAAAAAGCGAAAAGAGAAGAGAGAUAAAAUGGACACGCCACUGCACGUGGACACGAACACGCAAGCGCGGGAACCGAUCAAGAGUCCCCGCGUUCACGAGUUCAGUAAGACGCAAAUAGACAAUAUGAAAGCGAUGGAGAACAAUAUACCACAUCCAGCGUUAGUCCCAGUUCAUCAUUCGCCGACAUUCGCGAAACCGGACAAACGGCCCCCGGAAAAAAAGAAAAAGGACAUAGAAAUUGUGUCCGAUAUGGACCCGCUAGGUGACAUACAUCAGGACACAGUGGCUGUGGACGAUAGCAGUAGUGAUAUUGAAGUGAUAGAGGACAAAGUUAGUGAUAAAGUGGGUGACAGUGACACAGUGCCUUCGGACAGGAGUGAUUGUAAAGUGAAUAGUGUUAAGAAGAACGAUCUGGACGAUGAGACCAAGGAGGAGAUUAACACAGUUAUGAGGGGAUUGGAGGAGAUGAAGCAUUCACAAUCGCCAACCAAGGUGAACUGCAAUUCAUAUGGUGGCGUAAUCACAAGUGCGAAGCACGAGUCUUCCAAACAAGCGUACAACAGGACUAUAUUUGAUCCCGCGAAUAAAGACAAAUUAGCGAACUUCUUUGAAAGAAAUAGAUGGAUGUAACGCCGUUAAUGGUUGAAUUUUUGAAAAAAUCUUAUGAAGUUCAGAGAAGAAUUUACAAGGAAUCAUUUUAUUUCACUAUAAUGUUAUUUAUUUGAAAAUAACAAGUGUGAGACGCUUUUGUCUUAAACAGGGAUUCGAACUGCCUAUAUUGCUCAGGAAUUAAGUUAAAUUAUGUUGUGACUGCCUAGUAUUCCCGCACUACGAAAAUAAAAUCACAUCAAAAAUGAUACAUCUAUGUGAUAUGUCUCUAAGAAUUAUGGAACAGAUAUUUUUUUUGUUUAUAUGUUAGCGUAUUUUACACUGUAUAGAUUUAAUCAAUGUAAUUAAAAUAAUAGUUUGAACAGAUCAGAAUAUAUUUUAAUGAUGAAUUUGAUUAAUGAAUAUUUUUCAUAAACUAAUUAUCGUUGUUACGAUGUUUUAAUGGAAAAGUACAUAUUUAUAUAUUCCUAAUUAAAAUAGUGACUCAAUACGGAUAUUUUAAAAAGUAAAUAAUGUGAAUAUUUCCAAAAGUUGUCAUUAAUUCCAAAAGAUUUAAAUUCUAAAGAUUUAUUUAUGCUUUUGUAUGCUUUUUCUUCAAUCUAACUGUUUAUUUACAUUUAAUAUGAUUAAGGGCUGAUUUUUCAAUCCUUGGUUAAAUCUUAUCCGUCCAAUAAAGUAUUACACAAUACAGAUGCCACCUAAAAACUGUCAAAAAGUGGGCAAGUAACACAUUUUUAAAAUGGUUGUUUAAUACGAUAUUCGAUGAAUAAGUUUUAACUAAGGAUUGAAAAAUCGGCCCUAAAUAUUUAACCUGGUCUGUUCUAAGCUAAUAUUUGAUUUCUCCACACCAUAUAUUUUUUGUUUUUUUUUUUUUAGUUAUUAAUCGUUCGUAAAUUUAUAAUGAAUCCUGAUUUAAAUUCUAUGCUUUAUAACAAUAAUUAUGAGUUGUUUUAUUUCAUUAAACUAUAAAAUCUGAUCGAAAUGUAUUUUAUUAUUUGUAAGUCUCGUAUUAUGUGAUCUUAUGCUAUUGGUGUUUGAAAAAUAUAUGAAGUCUGCACGUUGUUACAUUAAAAACAAAAAUCGAAAAUCAAGCAUUGUCCUCCUUAUAACACAAAAAUUAUUUGUGUGUGAAAAUAAACGAAGUAUGAAUGUAGUAAAAAUUGUUUUUUUGCCUCUUUUCGUUUUGGAAAAUGGUUCUUAAAUAAAAAAUUGUGAUGUCAAUUCAGAUUUUUUCUCUUAUUUUUUAUUUUUACUCACAUCGUGCAGGCUUUCAAAAAUAGUCUGAAAAUCAAAGUCCAGUAAUGGUGAUAGGCUAGUCUACUUUACACUAGAAAUCAAUUCACAUUUACAUUUUAAUAAUAUAAAAUCAUUGAGUGGCCAAUAAAACUGCCAUUUUAUAUGUGUGCGUGGUGUAUUUGUGUUUUACCUGUGUUGAGAGCUAAAAAGAAGCAAGAAAUUAUGUUUUUGGAACUCAAAUGCAAAUUAAGCUGUUAGACAGAGAUACGAAAUAUAUUUUACAUAGUGCUGUCUCUGUCUGACAAAAAUUUGUCACAUUUGGUUUCAAAAACACAAGGUUCACUUAUUUUGGUUCCAAAUCUAAAUGUUUUUUUAUGAUCAAUUUAUCCAUUUUUGGGUCUAAAAUAAUCAAGAUCCAGACAUGAAAAUUUAGAACUACGAACGUCUUAAGAUAAUCCGACAUUUUAGCCUAAGAACUUAGUUCUAGGUUAUAUAUAACUUAGAGGCCUAUGUAAGUGGCUUCGAGAUAAAAGUCUGUCUUUAUAAGGCAAUAAUAAGUGUGAGGUAAGGUCGGAAAAUAUUAUGAAUGCCCAGACUUAGUCGGGCCGUGUAUAAAUUUCCUAAAUGAAAUAUUGCAAAUUUCGACAUUGAAGAAAAUUUGCAAAAAAGUAUUAAAAAUCCGCGCCUAUAAUGAAAGAAUCGGAAUUAAUAACCUCAUGUUGUCUUGCUCGCACACUAAUGGAGGGAAUUCGAUUAUUUAUCGACGCGGAUUAUAACCUAAAAAGUCUUCAUAUUCCUAAAAUAUGCAUUAAUAAAAUGCGUGUUAACUGUGUUGAUUGGCAAAGCGUUAAUAUAAAUAUAGUCAGAACGGUAAGAUCUAAGGCCUUGUAAAUGUUUGCUAUGAGAUAGUAAAUAACUGAAAUGAUUAUAAUUGUAACAUAAUAAAUGCUUAUUUUAUAAUCCCCAAGCUUGUGGGACAUUUUAUUUUAAUACAUACAACUAGGAAACAUUCGGAUUUUUUUGUUUUUGUAAUAGUGAUGGAUGUAUUUAUAACGGAAUUCCAAAUUAUGUCCAAUGUAUGAUGAAUAAAUAUUUAUAAUGAA